AUGGUCGGGAUAGCAAGAAUUCUGUCCCAGCCAACAGCCAAACCCUACCGCAGCAAAGAUGUAGAGCACAGCCUCGACCACCCCCCCACCAUCAACGACGACGGCCAUCUGACCUUUGACGAAAACGACGUCGAGAACCCCCUGAAUUGGGCCUUCACGAGGCGUGCCUACAUAACCAUCUGCGCCGUGCUCCUGCUCAUCAACGCCACCUUCGCCUCCGCCAGCCCGUCGGGCUGUCUCGAGAGCAUCGAGGAGUACUUUCAUGUCUCCGCCGAGGCCGCCGGCCUGACCAUCACCCUCUUCCUGCUGGGCUACUGCGCAGGGCCGCUCGUCUUCGCCCCGCUCAGCGAGUUCUACGGCCGCCGCCCCAUCUUCUACAUCACCUUCCUGCUCUACCUCGCCUUCAACUUCCUGUGCGCCUUUGCGCCCAACUUUGCCGCCCUGCUCGUGGGCCGCUUCCUGACGGGCACCUUCGCCUCCGCCCCGCUUAGCAAUGCCCCGGGUGUGCUGGCCGACCUCUGGCGCCCUAUGCACCGCGGUGUUGCCAUGGCCGGCUUCGCGAUGAUGGUAUGGGCCGGGCCUGCGCUGGGACCUGUCAUCUCUGGCUUCCUGCAGUUGACAAAAGGGGUCGAGGGUUGGCGGUGGAGUUUCUAUGUGCUGCUUUUCCUGGGCGGAUUCACGGCGAUUUUCCUAAUUACCAUCCCCGAGACUUAUGGGCCGGUGAUCUUGUACUACAAGGCCAAGAGGAUCAGGGCGGCGCGGGUGCCGGGCUUCGAGGACAUCAGGGCGCCCAUCGAGGUGACCAGCCGUUCGUUGCUGAGCAUUUACAAGGUUGCCCUGACGAGGCCUUGGAUUAUCCUGCUCGACACCAUAUCGCUGCUGUGUGCCAUUUACAUGUGUAUGAUAUACCUGCUGCUGUACAUGCUCUUUGCCAUCUACCCCAUCGUCUUCGAGGAACACCGCGGCUGGAACGCAGGCGUGGGCGAGCUACCUCUCCUGGGGCUCAUUGUCGGCGCGGCGCUGGGUGCGCUGAUUGUAUUUUUGGAUUCGCGCUACCAGAACAAGAAAGCCGGUUGGGGCAGAGAGCUCAGGCCCGAGGACCGGCUGCGCACCGCCAUGUUCGGCGGACCGGCGCUCGCCCUGGCCAUGUUCUGGUUCGCCUGGUCUGCCAACUUCAACUACGUUCACUGGAUCGUCCCGACCCUUGCGGGCGUCCUCUUGGCCGCGGCUAUGCUGACCAUUUCUGUGUCGUUCAUAAAUUACCUCGUCGAUACGUAUCUCCUUUAUGCCGCCAGCGCCAUUGCAGCAAACACGGUGGUGAGAUCCGCCGUCGGAGCCGUAGCACCCCUCUUCACGAACCAGAUGUUCUCCACCCUCGGCGUUGGGCCUGGCGGCUCGCUCAUCGGUGGCGUGGGCGCGCUGCUCGCCCUCAUUCCUUUUCUGUUUCAUCGGUACGGCGAGGGCAUCCGCGUCCGAAGCCGCUUCGCCCCUACCGCCCCCAAGAAGACAAAUGACCCUGCGGACAAGGCGGAGAAGGGCCGUGGUGACGGACGAGAGUGGCAACCAGACGGCGGUUUCCAGCGGGAGCGGCGACGAGAAGGCGAUUGA